GCUGCUGCUAUAACAACAACCACACCCACAACAACAGCAACAACAACAACAACAAUAACAACAGCAACAACAACCAUGCUGGUGGCUCUGUGCUCCUUCCCUCAUGCACGCCACACCAACAUGCCCUACACUGCCGCUCCUCUCGGCACUCCUUCCCCGCAGCGUGUCCUGGCCGUGCUGUGCGUGCUGGUGCUGAUGGCUGCCGCCGUGCUAGCCGGCGGCGGUGGCUUCUACGGUUCUGGUGGUGGUGGAGGACGCUUCGUCGGUGGUGGUGGGCGCUUCGUCGGAGGCGGGCGCUUCGUCGGCGGUGGCGGCGGCAGGCCCUUCGUAGGUGGUGGUGGCAAAUUCGGAAGCGGUGGUUUUGGCGGCCUCAGCGGCGGCGGCUUUGGACUCGGCGGCGGCGGCGGCAGCGGUGGUUACGGCUACAGCGGUUGAGGCGACACCUCGGCCACGGUCACGAUGCUGUCGGCGUGGUGCUGAAGGCAACGCUCCUGAGGACGACGGUGAAAGUGAAUGAGAAGGUGCCAAUAAAACUGUUUGAACGUG